AAGCAUGUCAAUGAAUGGACUCCAAAAUGAAGAUGGAAAAGAGGAAGGAAAAGCACUAGACGCUCAAUUAAAAAAAAAUGUGAGCAAGAAAGUCAUCUUAAGCUUACACACCAGAGGCUCCAGUCCUUCAAAACCUCUAAUUUGUAUCCCUCCAAGUACUCUGCAUUACACAAACAUUUUAGUUUCUCAAAAAUGUUAUCCACCUACUCUAGUUCCCAAUCUUGAUCAGCUCUAACAAAUAUCAAUUUUCAGUGCAGCCUUCUUGUUGACUAUUCUAUCUAGCUUGUUUAUCAUCAGCUAUGGAGUAUAUAUUGGGAAACAGUAGACUUGAAUGUUCCUCACAUGCGUUUGUCAUGCCCAAAAAAAAUCCUUCUCCCGUUCUCACCAAUUAGAGGUAAAAGAAUAGAAAUUAACCCAAUCAUUCCUAACCCCUUUUUGCAACUGUGAGAACUCCUUACUAAGUGGUGCACCCCUUCUCCCCACUCAUCCCAAAAGGCUCCCUAAAGAAAGUCAUAUUCCAACUUCUCUAAUUGUUUUGCAAAUGAAGCCAGCAUCCCCUUGUCAUGCAUCGUUGCCAAUAAAAGGUGGGAAUACUUGGAGUGCUGUUGGGUGGAAGAUGGUGCCUUCCUAUCUCUUGUGGUGUCUUUGGAGGGAAAAAAAUGACAGAAAUUUUGAGGACAGUGAGAGAUCGUCAGCGAAGCUUGAGUCUUUUUUCUUUUUGUACUCUUUUUACUUGGACAACUACAUUUGUAACUUCUUGGGAGGAUAUCUGAAGAGGCCGUGGAAAUGGAACAUGAAUUGAUUGAGUUGCGAAAGCAUAUCUCAGCUCAAGGGAUCCUUGUGCAGGAUUUGAUGACUGGUGUAUGUUGUGAACUGGAAGAGUGGAAACAAUCUAAUGGGGACAACCAUGAAACUCAGCAAGAUCCUGAAAUUUCUGAACUUCCAGAGCCCUUGCCAAGUGAAACGGAUGACAAGCAGAUGAUAUUUUUGUAUAAUAUUGAUAUUCUCUUGGCUGAACAUAAAGUUGAAGAAGCAUUAGAGGCUUUAGAUGCUGAAGAGAGAAAUUCUUCAGAGCUGAACGGCUUGGGAGAUACUUCAGUAGGUGAAGUAUCAGAGUACAAAUCUGCUUUUUUGGAAAGAAAAGCAAUGCUUGAGGAUCAACUAGUCCAGAUUAUUGAACAGCCUUCUGUUGGUGUUCUGGAGAUGAAGAAGGCCUUAUCUGGUUUGAUAAAACUUGGAAAAGGUCCUUUGGCAAAUCAGUUACUUCUAAAAUCUUAUGGGUUGCGCCUCCAAAAGAGCAUUGAGGUUCUUCUUCCUUCAUGUUAUGUCUGUCCGAGAACAUUUUCGGCCACGUUAUCUAAGCUUGUAUUUUCUGCAAUCUCAUUGACAACAAAGGAGUCUGCUUCAGUAUUUGGUGACAAUCCGAUUUAUACCAACAGAGUUGUUCAAUGGGCUGAGUGGGAAAUCGAAUACUUUGUACGGUUGGUGAAAGAGAAUGCACCCUCUUCUGAGACAGUUUCUGCUUUACAGGCCGCUAGCAUUUGCAUCCAGUCCAGUCUCAACUACUGCUCAAUGUUGGAAUCACAAGGCCUGAAACUGUCAAAAUUACUUUUGGUGCUUUUGCGACCUUACAUUGAAGAAGUUCUAGAGUUGAAUUUCAGACGGGCUAGAAGACUACUUUUCGAUUUGGUGGAGCUUGAUGAGAGCUUGCUAUUCUCUCCUGACUUUGCAGCUUCUUUGUCUGCUUUUGCUACAUCAUCGGAGAGCAUUCUUGUUGAUAGUGGAAAGAGAUUUACGUACAUUGUUGAAGAUAUAUUGAAACAGCUAACCCCCUUGGCUGUUAUGCAUUUUGGCGGAAAUGUAUUAAGUAGAAUCUCACAGCUGUUUGAUAAAUACAUGGAUGCUUUGAUCAAAGCGCUACCAGGCCCUUCUGAUGAUGACAGUCUUACGGAUCUGAAAGAAGCCAUUCCCUUUAGAGCUGAAACUGACUCAGAACAGCUUGCAAUAUUGGGAAUAGCAUUUACCAUUUUAGAUGAACUAUUACCGAAUUCUGUAAUGAUCAUUUGGAAGCAGCAGAAUGAAAGCAAUGAACCAAAAAGUGGACCCAUUGAAAACAUUGUGCCUAGUGCAAGCACUACAAUAGAAUUGAAGGAUUGGAGGCGCCAUCUUCAGCACUCAUUUGAUAAGCUUAAAGAUCAUUUCUGUCGGCAGUAUGUUUUGAAUUUCAUCUAUGCAAGAGAAGGCAAAACACGAUUAGAUGCACGGAUUUACUUGAAUGGGAAAGGAGAGGAUCUGUAUUGGGACUCUGACCCUCUGCCUUCACUUCCAUUUCAGGCAUUAUUUGCUAAGCUGCAGCAGUUAGCGACUGUGGCUGGAGAUGUGUUACUUGGGAAAGAGAAACUACAGAAAAUUUUGCUAGCUAGGCUAACAGAGACAGUUGUAAUGUGGUUGUCUGAUGAACAAGAAUUUUGGGGAGUGUUUGAGCAUGAUUCAGCUCCUCUUCAGCCACUUGGGUUGCAGCAGUUAAUUCUUGAUAUGCACUUCACUGUUGAAAUUGCACGUUUUGCCGGCUACCCAUCUCGGCAUGUGCACCAGAUUGCAUCAGCCAUAAUCGCUCGCGCAAUCAGGACCUUCUCUGCUAGAGGCAUAGACCCACAAAGUGCACUCCCUGAGGAUGAAUGGUUUGUUGAAACUGCUAAGUCAGCAAUAAACAAACUGCUAUUAGGAGCAUCUGGGUCAGAUGUAUCCGAUUUCGAUGAAGAUCACAUAAUUCUACCUGAUGAGAUUGUCACGGAUUCGGAUGACACUGCUUCUUCCCUCUCAACAAUGGAAUCUUUUGAGUCUUUUGCUUCUGCAAGUAUGGGUGAACUUGAUAGCCCUAUGUUCACUGAUCCUGAGGGCUGAAAGUUUCUCCUAUACAAAGGAGGGAAAAAGGUGGACCCAAGUUUUGAGCUGAACAACCUUAACUCUGAUGGUGACAUUUAAGAAAGCUUCAGAUUCAUACAUGUUAGAGGAUAGAUUUUGACUCUGUAGAUUUUGGGUACAAUUGUUGAUUAAAGUUUGCAGUUGGUCAUGUUUCCAUGUAUCAUGUAUCGAUUAUUGAUAAUUAAGAAAUGUUACAUACAAGCAGGAUGAAGCAGUUCUCCCUU